AGCACCAUUGCGAGAAAAGCGUAAUCCCCCGAUCCUCCCCCCUUUACCUCUGUUAAUGGCGAAAUUAGGGUUAGGGUUAUGAUUAGGGUUUCGAUCUAACUCCGAAGCUCGCCUCUCCUCUUCCCGUUUCUCUCGCAGGUGCGUCAUCUCCGUCGCCAUGGGGAACACCUCCUCGAUGCUCACUCAGUACGACAUUGAAGAGGUCCAAGAGCACUGCAACCACGCGUUUUCGCAGCAAGAGAUUGUCUCGCUCUACCACAGAUUUUGCCAGCUCGAUCGGAGCGGCAGCGGAUUCAUCUCUGCAGAUGAGUUCUUGUCGGUGCCCGAAUUCGCCGUCAAUCCUCUCGCUGAGAGGCUGUUGAGGAUGCUGGAUGGUUUGAAUUUCAAGGAGUUCGUUGCAUUCUUACCGGCAUUUAGCUCUCGCACGAGUCUGCAGCAGAAGAUUGAAUUUAUAUUUAAGGUUUAUGAUUUGGACUGCAAUGGGAAGGUUACAUUCGAUGAUGUAUUGAAUGUGUUGCGGGACUUGACUGGUUCCUUUAUGUCUGAGCAGCAAAGGCAGGAGGUUCUGACACGGGUAUUAGAAGAAGCUGGAUACACACCGGAUUCCUCGCUAACUCUGCCCGACUUCAUGAAGAUCCUCGGCAACUCUGAUCUGAAGAUGGAGGUCGAAGUUCCAAUCGACUAGCAAGCUUCUUUAAGUAGAUUCUUCGUCUCAUAUUCAUCCAGUAGUAUUUUUCCCCUCCUGGGGGAGAAAUUCGUCGCAUUUAAAUUAUGCACCAGAUAUUAUCCUCUUCAUUUGGAAAUCACUGGAUCAUUUUUAAAAUUGAAUUAGUUUAUGUUUAUGAUGUGAGCAGUUACAUUUGCUGUACCAAAUGAUCUUAGAUUUUUGCAUGCUUUCCUUUUAUUGAUGAUGAAACAAAAUUACAAUUACAAUUGGUCUCUAAUAUCAUUAGAAUUCUUGGAUAA